CUUGAAUAGUGACGUGUUUUCUCUCGUCUCUCAGCUUUUGGAUUUUUCCACAUUGAAAAACUCCCACUUACAAUACUCAAUCUAAAAAGACCGAACGUUUGCAGCACUUCUGUCCGUCCACGCACCUCACCCCUGCGUAUUCGUCAGCCCACUUCUCAACAGUUGAAAAUUGGCAUUAUUAUUCCUUUGAACCAACCGGUCCACCUCCUGUCAGUGGUUCUUGGGCGUUUCAACUGCCAAACUGCCUUAGCUCUCGGUUCUCCUCGGAGGUCAUUCCCCAGGAAAUAUCUUUCCUGGUUAUACAUACGCAUCUGGAGCUUACGGUUAAACUCGUUGGUCAAGAGCAGAGGAUCAAGUGACAAGUGUCUGAAGGUACCUACACAGACAGGAGUCACGGUUGUUCUCUAAACUUCCCAGCAGCCCGUAGCUCCCUAAUCACUCUACAAAUUACAACCUACUAACCCACAAAACAUCCACCUCACCGAAGCUAAAAGCAAGAAAGCAGAGGGGAUUUCCUCGUCCACUGCAGGAGUGAAUCGAACAACUGGAACCAAGCCCUAAGAACUAGACGCGAGCGAUCAAAAACUACUAGUUUUCUACGCUCGCACUAUCAAUAUUGGAUAUUGGAACUCUUACGAUCAACCUUAAUGGAUGAGGAAUAAUGAAUGGAGUCAGUUUCAACCAUACUGAGCCAAUGAAUCUAGGCUCACCUCCGAGUUCAAACAAUUCUCCAGGUGCUUACCAGUAUCUCCCAGGAUUUCUUAUGAAUGAAAAUCCACUGGUUGUAAACCCAGUUGCAACCAAUCCGUUUACAGAAUCUAAAGUUUCGCGUCAAAAUCCUGUUUCCCCUCUAUGUGGGAACUCACACAACAUGCCAGUUCCUCUGCAUAGUGGGAAUAAGCUGCAACCAAGAUGUCUAAGUCAAACAGGUGAAUCGGUUGGGCGUCGUCUUACAUCUCCUCCAACACGAAGUAUGUGGUCGACUGUUAGUGGCACUGGUGUUCGUGCAAACAAUACUGUAGACAGUCUUGGAGGAUUAAAGCAUAGCACACCAAAUUACUCUACUGGUGCAUCAGUUAACCCAUCAGUUAAAAGGUUGGGUGUUGCUAGCCCUUUUCAAUCACCUGCUGAACCAAGUUAUCAUCGUAACCCCCUCCAUAAUAUUGUAAAUAAGACAACACCUUUAAUUGGAUCACCGCUUCAUAACAACAGUGUCGUUUUAAAUCCAAACGAUGGUAAUGCAAACAAACAAGAUGGUCUUUUAACUCCUGAUCGUUUGGCUGAAGCACUGUUUACACAUCAAAGUUCUAACGAUAUUGAUAGUGCAAAUCCAAACGAUUGUUGGGUAACAGUUUUCGGGUUCCCUCCGCCUCGUGCAGCUUUCAUUCUUAAUCAAUUUGCUCAACUCGGUACAAUUGAAAAACAUGUGAUUACGAAUAGUGGUAACUGGAUGCAUAUCAAAUAUCAGAACAGGAUGCAAGCUCGUUGUGCUUUGAAUAAAAAUGGCAAAGUAUUUGGUGAUAAUAUAAUGGUCGGUGUAUCUGUGUGUACUGAUCCGCAAGUCAUGAAUGGAGAAACGUCUGGUCUAUUUUGUAAACAGACAAACACUAGCAAUAUCAAUGAUUCUAUAUUCCUUAGUCCAUCGAAUCAUGUUAGGCGUGGUGUCGAUGAGAACAAUCAAGCGAUUGGAACUGUGAAUAAAACUCCACUUCGAGAUUUAGGUGGACUAAGGUCUAAUGUUGGUGACAACUCAACAAAUAUUGGGACUGAUUCUAAUCACACUUUUUCAGAGAGACCAGUAGGCAAUAUUGGCAGACAUAAUUCAAUGCGAUCACUGGCUGCAUCUACACGACCGACGAAUUUAUCAAGAACAACAAGUGUUCGACAGGACAAAGAUUCAGGAUUACUUUCUAAAGCAUUGGGCUAUAUGUUUGGCUGGUCAUAAAUGCGUGCAUCCUUCCUAAAGCUGACUUAUAUUGAUGAAUAUUUUCAUCUUGGAUUACUGCCAGUACGCAGAGGCUUGUGUUUUUAUAAUUAUCUCUGUCUUAUCUCUAAUGCUCAAUAAAAUUAUAGGACUGUUCUUG